AGAGGAGCAAGAUGGCGUCGAGCGCAGCGACCCGCACAGGCUCCGCCGCCGCUAAAGUGGUGAAACCGCUUUUCAGCCGCGACCUGAACGAGGCCAAGCGGAGAGUUCGAGAGCUCUACCGGGCCUGGUACCGAGAGGCACCGAACACAGUGCAUGCGUACCAGCUGGACAUCGGCACACAGCAGUGUCGGGAGAAGGUUAGAGAAAUGUUCGACAGGAACAGACACGUGACGGACCCUCGAGUGAUCGACAUGCUCGUCAUCAAGGGUAAGAUGGAGCUGCAGGAGACCAUCCAGGUGUGGAAGCAGAGGACACACGUCAUGCGCUACUUCCAGGAGACCGAAGCGCCGCGUCCCGCUGACUUCCUCUCCAAAUUCUACCAUGGACACAACCCCUGACCCCUGACCUCUGAUGUGUGUGUUGUGAUUCUGCUUCUGGACUGUAAAUACACUCAUGCUGAAGC